AUGUCAUUACCAAGAGAAACAAUACUAGAAGCAUUACAUGAAUCAAAUACAAAUCAUAUAAAUGAAGAAUUAUUAAUAAUGAUAAGAGAUGAAAUUUCCAAAAAUCCAGAUUUAAAAUUAUUAUCAAAUUUUAGUAAAUCAUUAUAUUUAUCAAAUAGUUCAAAUUUAAUUAUACCAAUUUUAGAGUUAUAUCAAAUUGAUUAUUUUUUAAAUCAUCAAAAUGAAUCAAUGGAGUUUCAAGAUUUAAUUGAAUUUUAUAAAUUUACUUUUUGUAAUUUAGUUAAUUUAAUUUUAAUUGAUUCUAAGUAUGAUUUAAAAUCUAAAUUAUUUUACAAGGUAUCUAAAAAUUUAAUUGAAUUAAAUCAUGAUCAGAUCAAUGAGUAUGAUAAUGCCAAUCAAAAUAAUAGUCAAAAUCAAGAUUCCGCAUUACCUUCAACUUCAAAUACUACUUCAACAAAUGAUCAAAAACUUGUACUGGUACAAGAUAUUCCAAAUGAAAUAUAUAAAUCAUUAGCACAUUCAACAAUUGAUUUAUGUAAUUUAAAACAAUCACCAAGUUCAAUACCAAAUGAUAUAAAAUUAAGAAUAAAACAGAAAAAUGAUUUUUUAAAAUUGAAACAACUAUAUGAAAUAACAGGAUUAAAUAAUUUUCCAAUUACUACGAUUCAAUCAUUUUUAAAAUUAUCAAAUGAUUCCCAGAAAUUAAUUAAUGAAAUUGAAAUGAUAUUUGCUGGUCAAAAUCAAAUUAAUUAUGAAAUUAUUAAUAAUAAUGUUUUAGUUUUAAAUUCAAAUAUUGAAUUAAGAAAUGUUGAUGAUUUAGUAAAAGAACAAAUUGAAAUUGCAAAAUUAAAUAAAUCUUUAAAAGAUAUAUUAGUUUAA